AUGACUGUCACCUAUACUGCGGAAGUAGCAACAUGCACAAGAUUCGGUUGCUUCUUAAAAUUACUUGCUAGAUGGAGAGGAAGCAUUUAUAAAUUGGUGUGGAUGGAUUUACUAUUGUUUUUACUUUUGUUCUAUCUUAUUAACUUAUUAUACAUUUACGGAUUGGAAGAUGAUCGCAAGAAGACAUUUGAAGCUGUGGUGGAGUACUGUUCCAGCUAUGUUACUCUCAUACCUUUGUCGUUUGUGUUAGGCUUCUACGUGAAUUUAGUUAUGCAACGAUGGUGGGAACAGUAUAUGACAAUACCGUGGCCAGACUCUUUGGCUGUUCUUGUUAGUGCUCACGUUCAAGGUGAUGACGAAGGUGGCCGCGUCAUGCGACGCACAAUAAUGCGCUACGUAUGUGCGUGUUGCACUAUGGUUUUAUCCAUGAUAUCGCCAUGCGUGAAGAAACGUUUUCCCAAAUUACAUCAUUUAGUUGAGGCCGGUCUUUUGCAAGAAAAUGAAAAACAAAUAAUCGAGGACAUGAACACCGCUUUUCCUAACCAUCCAAAGCAUUGGAUGCCCAUUGUCUGGGCCACGAGCAUUGUAGCGAGGGCUCGUAAAGAAGGACGGAUACGUGAUGAUUACGCCGUGAAGACACUUAUUGAUACUUUAAAUUCUUUUCGUGGGUCAUGCGGUACUUUGAUGUAUUACGAUUUUAUCACCGUACCGCUGGUGUAUACGCAAGUUGUAACAAUAGCGGUAUAUUCGUUUUUUAUCUGCAGCCUCUUGGCGCAUCAGUGGACAAUACGAAAAGCCGAUACCUACGAAUCUUUGGAUUUUUAUACACCGGUUUUUAUGACUUUGCAAUUUUUUUUUUACAUGGGCUGGUUAAAGGUCGCAGAAACCUUAAUCAAUCCAUUCGGUGAAGAUGAUGACGAUUUCGAGGUCAACUGGAUGAUCGAUAGGCAUUUACAAGUCUCAUAUAUGAUUGUCGACGAAAUGCAUCAGGAGCAUCCCGAAUUGGUUAAGGAUCAAUAUUGGGAUGAAGUCUUUCCCAAUGAAUUACCUUAUGAGACGGAUGUUAAGCGAGAGAAGCCGCCAGAACACUCUACUGCCAAAUAUGACAAAGAGUAUAACGCACCAACCCACUCAGGACAACAUAGUUUAGCCAGUCUUGAUAAGUCGAGGGGCAGGCUUACGAGUGUAUUUAGUCAACGCAGCGAACAGUUUAACCAAACAUUUCAACGGUACUCGACUCUUUCCGAUAACGAGUUGCCACCUAUGGAACUGAAAUCAAAAACACAUUUAUUAGAAACUGGUUCGUUAAUAUCGGCUACAGAGAGCAUACAAACUAUAACAUCAUACUAUUUGCCACGCCCUACUACUCGAACAAUUCUCCAGCCAUAUUUCUUCGAAGCAAUACUAGAGGAUGUAGAGGAGGGGCUGUACGAGGACGACUACGAUGACCGUAUUGAAUCCAAAAGCACUGAUAAAGGCUCUAGCGAACCCGAAUAUGAACUGGACUUGUUUGAUCGUUUGCGCCUUGAACGUCAACAGCAGCGUGUUAAACGUAUGAACGACUAUCUCGAAGAUCAAUUCGGUUCGAAUUUCAGGCUUGCCUACAAGGAUCCAAUGCCGAGGCCAGCUAAAAAAAUUCAAACCGAAGCUGGGAAAGAUGAAAUGAACGAAGUUCAAACACUUUUUAAAAGCGAUAACAUGGCAAAAAUUCGAUCACCAGCCAAAACGCAAACGGUGCAAUUUCAGGAUGAAGUACAAUUUACGCCAAAAUACGCCACUGUUGCAACGUCCCCCAUGGAGUCUUUUUCAACAUUGUCUGUAGUUUCGGAAGAUUCUAGGCAGGCACCGGUUACAUUAUCGACAAUCGGGACGUCGCCUAUGGAAUCUGCAUCAACUCUAUCCUUUGUUGCUACAGGAAAUAGGGCACCACAACCUGAGCAUGUUAUUUUAACCACGUCUCCCAUGCCUUCGGGUCUUAGCAUACUUACAGUGUAUUCAUCCGAAACUGAGAUACAUGAGACGUCUAACGGCAAUUCUCAAGAAAAGAAAUUGCAAAGGAAAGACGAAGAUAAAUAA